CUUCCAAGGAAGCAAAGCAAGGCCCAACCCAACCCAAUCCAGCAGAACCCCCAAGCCAUGCGUGUCGCCGCGGCGGCGGCGGGGGCCCUCCGCCCGACGGCCGCCACCUUCCUCCUCUUCUCCCCGCUGCGCCAGCACCGCCGUCCCACCCUACACCUCCCCUUCGCCCGCCGGCGCCGCCACUCCUACUCCUCCACCGCCACGGUCGCUGACCCGACGCCGACGCUGGAGGACUCCGGCGGUGCCAGAGGGGAAGCCGAAGGCAAGGCCGCCCGCCGCCGCCGCGCCCGCGAGUCCCCCGAGGGUCUCCUCCGCCACCAGCUCGACAUGUGCUCCCGCAACGCCGACCUCACCACCGCGCUUCGCCUCUACGACGCCGCCCUCUCCCCGGACUCCCCCGUCCCGCUCUCCCUCCACCACUACAACUGCCUGCUCUACCUCUGCUCCAACGCCGCCGCCUCCGAUCCCGAAAGCUCCGCCGCCGCCGCCCAGCGGGGCUUCGACAUCUUCGCCAGGAUGGAGGCCGACGGCGUUCAGCCCAAUGAGGCCACCCUCACCAGCGUCGCGCGCCUCGCCGCCGCCACGCGCGACCCCGCCAUGGCCUUCUCCGUCGUCCGCCGCAUGGCCGCUGCGGGCACCCCGCCGCGCCUCCGCACCUACGGCCCGGCCCUCUUCGCGUACUGCGACGCCAAAGACGCCGACGGGGCCGGGCAGGUCGAGGCCCACAUGGACGCCUCUGGCGUCGUGCCCGAGGAGCCCGAGCUCGCCGCGCUGCUCCGCGUCAACGCGGACAAGGGCAGGGCCGAUGAGGUGUACAGGCUACUGCACAGGACGCGCGCCCUCGUCAGGCAGGUCUGCGACACCACCGCCCAGGUUGUCGAGGCCUGGUUCCGGUCGGACGCCGCGUCGGAGGCGGGGGUGGACAAGUGGGAUCCCAGCCAGGUCAGGGAGGGCGUCGUCAAGGGCGGCGGCGGCUGGCAUGGCCAGGGAUGGCUUGGCAAGGGGCAAUGGAGCGUUGGCCGGAGCGAGAUGGACAAGGAAGGGACAUGCCAACGCUGCGGGGAGAGGCUUGUCUGCAUAGACAUUGAUCCAUCCGAGACUGACAACUUUGCAAAUUCCCUCACCGAACUGGCCAUCAAGCGCGAGGUCAGGGAGGAUUUCCUCGGCUUUCAGAGGUGGCUACGUCGCCAUGGACCAUUUGAUGCUGUUAUAGAUGCCGCCAAUGUCGGCCUUUACAAUAGUAAAGCUUUCAGUUUUUCCCAGGUGAACUCUGUUGCAAAUGCUAUACAGAGAGUAACUAAAUCAAAGAAGUUGCCGCUGAUCAUUUUGCAUAGGAGCCGUGUAAAUGGUGGUCCUGCGAAAGCUCCGUUCAACCAGAAGAUUCUAGAGGGUUGGAGGAAUGCUGGAGCUCUGUAUGCUACCCCUCCUGGUUCCAAUGAUGAUUGGUAUUGGCUGUAUGCGGCUGUCAGUUGCCGAUCGUUGCUUGUUACAAAUGAUGAGAUGCGAGACCACUUAUUUCAACUGCUUGGUACUGGUUUUUUCCCCAGGUGGAAAGAGAAACACCAGGCUUACUUUCUCAGGACGUGGCCCGACUCUUCACUUACCGCCUCCUUAUUCAAUUGUUAUUCAGGAAUCUGAAGAUGGAACCUGGCAUGUACCAACAACAACUGGUGAUGAUAUUGAAAAGCCGCGGCAGUGGAUCUGCUCCACAAGAAAAUCUUUCAAGUAGACGGGAUUUCAUAAUAACCAGCUGUGCAUAUGCGGAAGUAGCCAAAUGCUGAAAUUGAGCUUUGAACAGAACAAAUAGAUGCACGGCAUCCAUAUGGAACCGGAAUAUAUAAGAACUUGAGAUCAUUAUGAUUGGUGAUUCAUGAUUUGCCUUGGUCCCUGACUGUCGAUUCAUGUUUUGGGCUACCAGUAAUUUCC